ACACUUUGAAAACAUUUCUGAAAGGAGCUUGCCGAACAGAAUUAUCAAAAUAUCUUAAUUUACUGACGCUAGAAAUAAAUUAAAAUAGUUGAAGAUACACAUAAAUCAUGGCCAAACAUCAUCCUGAUCUCAUCUUUUGUAGAAAACAACCUGGAGUCGCGAUCGGUCGUUUAUGUGAGAAAUGUGAUGGAAAAUGUGUCAUUUGUGACUCAUAUGUACGUCCAUGCACCUUGGUCAGAAUCUGCGAUGAGUGUAACUAUGGAAGUUUUCAGGGACGUUGUGUGAUAUGCGGUGGAGCUGGAGUUAGUGAUGCUUAUUAUUGUAAAGAGUGCACAAUCCAAGAGAAGGACCGAGAUGGUUGUCCUAAGAUUGUGAACUUGGGAUCAAGCAAAACAGAUCUGUUUUACGAGAGGAAAAAAUAUGGAUUCAAACAACGUUAGGUUUAAUAAAUCUUUCAUAUAAAAACUAAUAAAGAUUUAAGACAUAUUUUUUAAUUCCC